UUUUUUGGGAAUAUGCUCUUAAGGGAACAUGCUCUACUGUAGGCUAGCUAACCUUACCUGCCCAGCACAAAAUCACAUCUAAAGUUAGCAACUAGCAAGUAAACAUAGUGGAACAUUUAGUGUAUAAAGAGCCAGAUAUUUUUCUCAGGGGUUGAUAGCGACGAAAAACGAGCUCACAGGAGGGUGAGUAUGACUUCAAGUGGUUUAAAACAGGACUCUUAAUGGUGCUUAUAAUGAUUCCGGUUCCCUGGAUGUGUAACGUUAGCUAGCUAAAUGUUUGCUAACAUGGUAGCCAUAAACUUUGUAGUUUAAAAGGUGAUGUCACUAAAUUAUUGAACCUUACUAUUUAGAAGGUUGUGCCGAAAUGUGUUCUCGUUGAUAUAUUGUGAUGUAAGCCUAAUUUAACAAGUGAAGUAACAGCAUAUUUUGUCCUCCUCAACUUGGAAACUUGAGAUGUGCUACCUUUUCUUCACCUUUUGGAAGCACUCAACCGAGAAUCUCCAUGUUGAAGCGCAACCUCCUUUUUCAAGUAAGGUAACGUUAAUGAUAUAUGUUGUUCAGCUGCCUCCAAUUGGCCAACACAUCUAUCUAUUAAUGGAUUAUUUUAAUGUGGCUGCAACGUCCAACAUUUAUUUCGUAAGUGGUACGUCAAGGAUAUAGACUAAUUAUGAAGUGACUGAGUCCAGGCUUUUAUGGCGAAGGGACGGUGGCCCAGCCCCCGGUGCUCGACGGUUGUGUUGUGCGGCGGUGCAGACGUAGCUGAGGCCGGUUGAGUGUGAAGCGCUGACAGGACGCUGGUGGAGAGCAGCCGUCGGCGCACACAGCUCAGUGAAGUGUGUCUGCAGCAGCGAGCAUAACACUGGAUUACCACCACACAGAGGGCUCUCCAGAAGGGGGCAGCAUAAGACUGAGCUCAACGCCCAUCCCAUCAGGUCCUCGAGCGGUCUGCUCUGUCAGGAUCACGCCUCUGACAACAAUGAAAGGCUCUCCUGACCUGAUUCCUGCCGCAGAUUUGGACCCCAGCAGAGUGUGCAAAGGGAAAGGAGUCGUGACUCUAAGGGCCACCCUCGUCCACAUAGAUGAUGAGGGCUGCAUCAGCGGCGAGCCAAAUGUCAUCACAACGCCAUGUGGCUGGACAAGCCAGAUUAAUGGAGACAGCUCUAAAGCAGGAUUGGCUGAGGGAGGCAGCAACAUCACAGCUGAUUUACCUCCGGUAAACAACACUCAGUGCCAGGCCAAUUCACCAGAGAGCAUAAAAGAAAACCAGGCUCCAUCCUCCACUGACAUUCAGAACUAUUUCACACCGACCUCCAGCUCUGUUUAUCCCUGCACUAGCACAGUUAACCCCACCAUAGUCCUGCUGCAACACAACAGAGAGCAGCAAAAGCAUCUGUCUCAUUUUGAAGACCCAACCCCAGAAAGGGACAAAAGCCCUGAUCCAGGGAGAGACUCGGUCAGUCCAGUCCCUGAUAUGGACUGGAAGAGGCUGAGGCUAUCACUGCACUCCCCUGUCCUCAGUCCUCUCAACAAGCCCAUUGUGCCUGUACGGAACACUGACAAGUCCAAAGACUGGUACAAGACAAUGUUCAAACAGAUACACAGAAUACCUGAUGAUGGUCCCAUUCCCUUUGGUUAUUUGGAAGAUGUGAGACCAGUCCCACGCUCAAAAAGCGACGCUGAGGUCGAUUCAAGAGGCCGGUCGAUGCCUGUGCCAACGCGGUCCUCCUCCCUCAAACCCUCUGCCAAAAGGAACGAGUGGGAGCCCCCGGAUAAAAAGGUAGACACCAGGAAGUACCGCGCCGAGCCCAAGAGCAUCUUUGAGUACGAGCCGGGGAAAUCGUCGGUGCUGAAGCUGGAUAGAACGAGUGCCCCCUCUUUCAGCCCCCUGGAAACAGCCUCCGACCUGCAGCAGUACUCCUCGAGCAAGUCUGGACACAGCGAGGUGGAGAAGGACGGAGGAUCAUCCACAAGCGAGCCUGGGGCUCCAGAAUGCGACCGCCAUGUUUACAAGACUGUCCUGGAGGGCGGCGACAUUCCCUUACAAGGUCUACGGGCCCUAAACAAGCGCCAGGCAAGCUCCUCCUCCUCUAAAGACUCGUCCCCAGUUCUCGGAGAGAGCCAGGAUGACGUGUUGCGAAGGCGUCACGGGGACAAAGAGAAAAUCUUGGAGGAGCAGCGGCGGCUGAAGCGGGAACAGGAAGAGGCUGACACGGCGUCGAGACGACACACAGGCAUUGUCCCGACGCACCACCAGUUCAUCACCAACGAGCGCUUCGGAGACCUGCUCAACAUCACAGAUAACACGGAGAAGAGGAAAUCAGGCGUAGAGAGAACUCCAGCCAUGGCUCGCUUCGACUUCAGAGCAGAAACUCUAAAGGAAUUACCGUUUCAGAAGGGAGACAUUGUCUACAUUAUUCGACAGGUGGAUCAAAACUGGUAUGAAGGGGAACAUCAUGGAAGAGUUGGCAUUUUCCCUCAAAGUUAUGUCGAGCUCCUUCCCCCCACAGAGAAAGCCCAGCCAAAGAAAAGUGCCCCAGUGCAGGUUCUGGAAUAUGGAGAGGCUGUCGCCCGCUUCAACUUCAACGGGGACACGGUGGUGGAAAUGUCCUUCAGAAAGGGAGAGAGGAUAACGCUGAUCCGUAGGGUCGAUGAAAACUGGUACGAAGGCAAAAUCUCAGGCACCAACCGCCAAGGCAUCUUCCCCGUCACCUACGUAGAAGUGAACAAACGACCCCGCAUCAAAAACGGCGUGGAGUAUCUGGACCCUCCUGUCAGCCAGUCGCCACAGCGCAGCACCAACGCUUCUCCUCAGCUGUAUCGCAAUCGUCUGACCACCUCCCCCCUGCCCCUUCCCCGCUCCCCCCGCCGCUCCGUGUCCCCCGAGGUCCACGCGAUCUCCUCUGAGUGGAUCUCCCUGACUGUGGGAGGAGGGAGUCCUCCUGCCGCCCCCACCCCUCCCCUGCCACCGCUGCCCACUGUGUCCUAUCGCUGCGGCGAGUACCUGCCCCCGCCCUACUCCGCCAGCCCCGUGCCUCAUAUCACCGGCAGCCCAUACUGCGUCUCCCCGGCGGCUUCCCCAUCUGCCUCCCCUCUCCCCCCACCUUAUCCUCCCAGACCCAACUCAACCACUCCCUACCUCACGUUCACCCCACCUCAGGGGGGGGACUUCCUGCUCUCCCCUCCCUUCCCACGUCUGUCGGGCAGCGUGAGCCCCAGUGGAGGGCCGGUGCUGGAGGGCUGGCUGAGGGGGGAGAAGGAGUUGACAGAAGGGGAAGGCGCGGAGGGCGACCGGGGCCACGCAGCCCCGGGCAGCAGGCGAAAUAGCCCUGCAGAGUUUGUGAAGAAUGAGGCUGACCAUCAUGGACGGAGAUCCAGAAGCCCUGUGAUGCUGUUUGACAUCCAAGACAACAACAAUGUUAACUCAUUUGCGGAGGCAGUGUGUAAUGAGAUCUUGAAUAUAGCUGAGACCUCGGUGAGGUACUGCAGCAACCUGUCCCACCACCCUCAUGACUCUGUCCAUAGACUGCACCCCCACCCCAGUAAACAAUCUCUCAUCAUUUCCCAGCAACCCCAGUCCCACAGCAGCAGCCCGGAGCCGAACCGUCUCAACUGCGGAAUUUUCCAGGCGCUGUACAGUUACGCGCCGCAGAACGAAGACGAGCUGGAGCUGCAGGAGGGAGAUCUCGUCAACGUCAUGGAGAAGUGCGAUGACGGCUGGUUUGUCGGUACCUCAAAGAGGACAAAACUGUUUGGGACUUUCCCUGGGAAUUACGUGAAGGAGGUGAAACUGUAAAGAUAUCUAAUCUGGCUGUAACACAUGGUUGCCUGUCAAGCUUGGGAAGUCAUUACUAUCGCGCAUGGCUGUUGGUUAGCAUAGUAAUUUAGCCAGGCGAAUCCAUUUUUGUCUGGGAAAGUGAUCGGUUCGGCCGGAGGUAUGUCAAAACUGCACGGCGAGGCGGAGACAGAGACAGCUCACUGCCCAGACCUCAGUAUGGUGUACACCUUGACCACAUUUUACACACUUCUUGACAGAAUUUGUCCGUCUCCACAUGUGGAAUUUCUCCUUGAGAACCUACCACAAACUAGCUUUUCUUGUACAGAUAAUAGCUUCCAUCCUGUCCAUGUAAUUUACAGUGUUUACGUAGCACCUCAGUCUGGAGGCCGGCAGCAGAGCAGUGUAUGGAUUAAAGAGUGGAUCUUAUUACCUGAACUGGACUUGGGAGGAAUUCAGAAUGUAUUUUUUAUGGGAUGUGUUUGUCAUAAGCUACCUUUCAGGACCAGAGUUGUCUGGUUUAUCACGAUUAGCCAAGUAUGAUGCAAACCAUGCCUUUGCUUCCAAAAGAAAACCUUCAGUGGUUGGAUCAACGUACGUAAAUGAAACUGAAUGUGGUGGUUCAUUCUUGAACUCGUUUAGAUAUGAGAAAAGGACUUAAAUUCAGCGCCCUCCAGGGUUUUAAGAGAAGCCCCUUUAGAGACUGGUCUGACAUACCUGUUUUACUUUUCUGUUACAUGUUAUGGAUCAUCGUAAAGUCAGUAUUGGCUACCUUUUGAAGAAAACAUCACAGCAUUCGCAACUCAGUGUAACCCAAAAAGCUUUCGAUACCGCUGCAGUAUUGCCUUCAUUUUCUAUCCAACGAUUGUCAUACGACAGUUAUUACCACGUCAUUGUGCGUGACGACAAACACUCAGAUGUUGAAAUGUGCGGUUAGCUUCUCUUUUUCCCAGUUACAGCAAACGCAGAUACAGGACACGUGGGCUGUGUUGCAUGUCUGAUAAAAGUGAAGAGAUCAAAUAUUUUCAGAAUGUAUUUAUUUGUCCUUUUAUACCUCUUCUGUCAAAAUAGUAGUAAAGUGCGUUUGCUGAUGGAUGAUGCCUGUAAGGUAGCUGGUGGUAGACGCCUGGCUCCGGCGCAACCACAGGACAGGCGUGGUAGCACUUAACUUCCUGUUUGGUCAUUUUAGGGAGGUCCCACCUAACAAGAUAAUAGUAGAUUAAUCACAAACUGUUUAAUGUUUCAAGUAAAGCCAACAAGGUGUCUUUGAAAAUAAUCAUACUGAUUUUUAAGAGCAAAUAGAGAUUUUAACCAUGCCCUUACUGGUAAGAUUAUAUGUUUUAUUUCGCCAUGUAAAUGUGUACAGAAAUCUUUAAGAGGCCUUCCAUAUAUGGCCACAUAUUUUGAUAUGUAAUGACUACAACUUGGGAAAUACAUUUAGUGGAAUGAUUUAAAAAAAUACGGUGAGCAUUAGUACAGCGUGCACUGUAAAAUCAGUAGAGACUGACAAAUCGGAGCAUGGAACACGAUCAGCCCUCGCCUAAAUAUUUGCCACCUGUAGCUGAAAGCAAACAGAAGUGCUGACAGGGUUAACAGUCUGCUGAGCUUAAACAGCUGCCUGAUGGAAGAUCGCUUUGAAUUUUGCUAUCAUAGCAUCAGAGCCGUCUUCCCGCGAGUACAGAGCUCCCACAUCUCCAGCAACGACCCUGUAUCAGACGCCACGUCAUCUACACACGCACAGAUUGAAAGAUGAUAGCUAUUGUUUUUUUUUCCUGCUUGUGUUUUCAUCAAAUUCCUUGUUGUCAUCAAUUGCCGCGCUGUGCUCAAUCAAUACUUUAGCCAAACUGUCAAAUAUUGCCCGCAAAUCAUUCUUAGUGCUUGUUAUAACCUGCUUAGACUUGCAGACGGGUGCAGUUUGUAGGGUAAUUGCUAAGGAAGAAUUUGAAAGUCUGUUUAGUUUAUACCAGGUGGACUGAGGUAGUGAGCAAUCUGAUGCUUCAAGUAGCUGAAGUCGGAUCCUUUUCCCAAUCCACACAUUUCUAAUCAAAUGGUGCCAGACUAUCAGUGGGCCUACCUUUUAGUAUAACUCUAUGUUUGCCUGAGUACACAAAAUCAGAAACAUAAUGUGAAGUAUUGAAAGAUAAAACAGUAGCUCUCACUUGGAUCUAAACGUGUGUGUUUAUAUCUUUGUUUUUUUGUAUGUGUUAGCUACAGUUGUGCAGUGAUGAUAAACAUUGACCUCAUUGGAACAUGGUUUGAAGCUGUAUGUGGCCGCCACAUAAGUGAUAUAUGAAGUUAAGUCAUUGAUGAAGUGCAUUCAUUUAACAAAGUUCAGUAGCAAUCAGUGUUUCAUCCUCUCUGGCGUGAGACAAAAUCAAGCGCGUCUUCACCGCUGACAAUUUUGCCAACAUCUGCAAAGGAAUGUUUUCUCAAGAUAAUAAACUGCAUUAUGGGUUUGCCUGUAUAGCACUGAUAUAAUAUUCAGGUAUUUUGUUACGCCACAAAAGCAUGUUUUUCCCUCCACUGCUGGCUAAACAUUUUUGUUCCUGUGUAACUCCAGCUCCACAUGAAAGUGCUGAUUGGUUGGGAGUCUGUUGACCUGUAGGCUUUUCUUCUCUGACAGAACAACAAGGGGGGAGCGUUCGCUCCAUGGCAAACACGCAGACAUGAUGAACGAGUUAACAAUCACACAUUUAGUCAUAAUAAUACAACUCACUCGAGAUUGUUUCUGUGAUAUUGUGCUCCAGAAAACAUCACAGGAUGUAUGAAUGUAUGAAUAUAUGAAUGUGGCGCAAUGCACACGUGAUAUGUAAAAACAUUUAAAAAAAAUCUGUACUUUCAUCUUGAAUGAACAUGCAGACUAUUGAGCAACAUGGCACAAGAAGGAUUGUAAAUAUGUAAAAUAAAAAAAAGGACUGCGAGUGACUCUCUUGUCACUUGCAGCGGUUUAUUUACCUGAAGGAUUUUUUGGCAAAGCACAGAGUGGAGCAUUAUUGAGCACAGGAAGUUUGACGCAUAUUAACAUUACGCUGCCAUUUGUGACGAUCAUAAUGCCUUAUGUUAGAUGCAAAAUUGUGCCUCAUUUUCAUGUAAUUGUUUUUUUUUUUUGGGGAGCAUCACUGAAAUGUAUCCAUGACAUAUUUAAUGUAACUAUGGUUUUCCCAUUAGUCCUAGUCUCUGUGAUGGGAGAACAUUAAAUAGGAACUUGUCAGUUACUGUGCAAGUACCUAAAAGUGUGACACAAUGCUUUAACUUAAUGAUUAAUAAUCAUAAGAAUGGACUAGUUUGAGGAGACGCACAACCUGCAACAGGUUUGGUUUGUUUGCUUCAAUUUGCAGUGCUGUUACAUUGACAAUAUUAAAAUAAAAAGAUACUAUACACUGCUGUGACUUCGGUAUUAUGCAAUAUUUAAUAAACCAUUUAAACCAC